CCGGCCCAUCGAUGCGCAUUUUACCUCUCUCUAAUUCGAUCCGUCUUAUCUGAUCUAAAACUGACUAAAUCUAGCUAGCCGAUCGAUACGAUCAAUGGAAACCCACUUGCUACUGGAAUCCGCACAAGAUCUCGAUUUCCUCGACACGAUUCGUAGCUUUCUCCUCGACGACGCCGAGGACGGCGCCCAAUUCGGCGCUGCGGCAUUGUACGGUGAGAGCCUGCCGGAAGAGUUAGUUGCAGCGUCAUUGCCGGCAGCGCAACAGGUGGUGCGGCGCCCGAGGGGGAUGAACUACCGCGGGGUGCGGAAGCGGCCGUGGGGGAAGUACGCGGCGGAGAUCCGGGACCCCGCUCGCAAUGGCGCCCGCGUCUGGCUGGGCACCUAUGGGACGGCCGAGGAGGCGGCGCGGGCGUACGACCUCGCCGCCUUCCGCAUUCGCGGCUCCCGUGCGCUCCUCAACUUCCCCCACCUCAUCGACUGCGCCGCCCGACAGGACGACGGCGUCGGCGCCGAGAAUUCGCGCAGGAAGAGGGCGCCGCCGCCGCCGCCUGAUUCGCCCGAGUCGUCGCUGUCUGAUCAGUCGUCGGGGAAUGAGACUAAAAGGAGUAAGAGGGUGGUGGCGGCGGCGGCUGCUGCUGUAGUUACCGUUCCUUCCGCCGGCCGUCAACCAGAGUUAGAGAUUAAUGACGGAGGACUCCUAAGCAAUAUUAAUUUUAUCGAUGUUUUUAAUUAUAUGUAAAAAAAUAAUAUAUAUGGUUGAGCCAGCUAGAAAGUUGUUUAAAGGUGCUGGUUAUUGUUAAUUCCUUUAAUAAUCUUCCGUUGUUGGAGUUCAAUUUUGCAUUUUAUU